CGAAUUUAGCCCUCACAGCUCAUCUGCUAAUCCUGCAUAACACAAGUCCAUAGACCGUAGUUGAAUAUUUCUUUCAAACUUGCAAGGUACCGAUUGCAAUCCGCUGUUAAAUCAUGCCAGACGACGGUGCAACCUUGAAAAGCUUCGUCAAAAAGUACCCUGACUACGAGGCCAAGUUCAACAGCGCUUAUGAAAACUGUAAGGUGUUGAAGACUAAAUCAUCCUCCGGCGAAGACAUCAUUAAACACUGUGGAGCUCCGGCAACUAGCUUGUCACGCCUGUACUUGGAUGAAAAAGUAAAAAAGCAGACUUUAAAAUUGUCAAAAUUCGUAGCUGCGUUGGAGUUUCCUAAAGUGAUAGCUGAUAUAUGCAAGAAGUUGACAUCUUUCACCAAGGGCAAGUGUUACACGAAUGAAGAGUCGUCUGUCCAGAAACCUCAGGAAGUGAUCAGUACACUCGCCCUAUGCGCCAUCAAUUUCAGUGACUUGAGCGAUCCUUUCUGUAUCGCUUGCGAGAAAGGUGGCCUGAUUCCUGUGUUGGUUGACAUGGUAACGUCACUCAAAAGUUGUACGCCCGCCAUGAAGCAGUAUGUGAAUUCUAAAACACUAGCUUGUGAUAAGUACACCGUGCGCGGUAAAAUCCUGUCAAGAGCCCUCGGGGUCAUGCAUAAUCUCUCAAAGCGAACGGAAUGUCGACAGACGGUGAUUGACAACAAUGGCCUAAAAGCGUUGGUGCCAUACCUUUCCGACGAUGUGCCGGUAUACUCGGCCAAGGCAUUGCUGGCUCUCGCGUAUUUGAUCGACGAAAACAAUAACAACGUCAUCAUGGCUAGCGCAACUCCGAUCCAGUUUCUGAUCAAGUUGACGGAUCGAGCGGCGCAAGACACCGCUCAACGCAGAUGUCUCGGGUUCUCCACCAGUGAGCUCGCAGAUGGUUUGGCGCAGAUUGCAUCAAACGACAAAAACAACAAACUGAUCGGUUUGAAUGGUGCUAUCCCUGUGCUAGUGCGCAUGCUCAAGACUGCUCAAGAUGACGAGGAGAGGGAAAAUGCUGCUCUCGCUUUGUGGAGGAUGGCGUUUGACAGUGACAACAGGGCUAAAAUUGCCAAAGAUACCGAAGCAAUGAAUCACUUGCGGAUUCUGAGUCAGAGCAGCAACAGCAAAGUGAAGAAAAAUGCAAAUGGCGCCCUGUGGGAAAUCGAAGGAAAACAAAAAGCACAAAAAGCAGCCGCCACUGCUGCAUCAAAAGCCCCAAAAUCUACCACUGCGCAUGCGCCAGAAGGUCACGUGAUGAUCAGCUACCAAUGGGAUGUUCAGGACGUGAUGAUUCAAGUUAAGGAGCUUCUUCAAGCCAACGGUUAUCACGUGUGGAUGGAUAUUGACCAGAUGGAAGGCUCUACACUCGAAGCCAUGGCCAACGCCGUGGAGAAAUCCGCAGUUGUUCUCAUGUGUGCGUCACGCAAGUACAAGGACAGCGUUAACUGCAGAUCGGAGGCGGAGUAUGCGUACACCCAGAAGAAGCCCAUCGUCCCGCUGAUGAUGGAGAAUGGGUAUAAACCUGACGGCUGGCUCGGUAUGAUCAUGGGCUCAAAACUCUACUUCAAUUUCGCGCCUGGGAACAAUAUCCGGGAAACGGCCGAAAAGCUGAUGAGGGAAAUCGGGGAAAAGGGAAAAUCCGGCCCUGUGAAGGCAGACGUCGUCGAUGCAAGCCCUUCAAAGAAGACUGACGUCUCUGACUGGGACGUCAAUCAAGUCGUCACGUGGAUGAAUAACCUCGGACUAGAAGAAUAUAGCGGGACGGUCAAGCAAAAUAAGGUCAACGGAGCGAAACUCAAAAAGCUUGCGGCGCUCAAAUACGAGAACGCCAAAAGCCUGUUCAAAGAGGACUGGGGAAUGGACGGAAUUGAUGCCGCUACUCUCGCCGAGAACUUGAAGGAAAUUACAGGAAAUUGAGGAACAAAGGCAGGGCUCAAAACAAUUGAAUACAUCUGAAUUAAACAGCGCUGAAUUAAAGAA